AUGGGUAGAAAGCUAUUGACGGAGUAUACUACGCCACUAGGAUCAGGGGCAGGUGUUCCAAAAGAAAAGCGACCUGCAAUGAUCACAGAUGGUGCAGUAAGGUUAACCAGACCUUUCAGAGUGCCAUUUGCUAACAGAGGGCAAACGAUAGGGGCAGGAAGUUCCAACACAACCAAGAGAUUGCCUUUACGGAAUGUAAGAAAUAAAGUAACUAAUUACUCCGAUAUGGAUAAUAUGAAUGGGGAUGAGGAUAUUGGAGUCGAUGAGGAUGGGAAUGUGAUUCGAGGUAUCAAGAGAUUUGGAGCGUUAUUACCAAGACUGAUGUUGAAAGGAGACGGAUUGAAUAGUAACGAAAAUAAGUUUCGGAAAUCCUUUACCAUUCCUUUCUCGAAGAACAACGAAAAAAUGGCUCAGUUUGACAAUAAGGGACCGCCACCGCCCUUAGGGACCAGACGAAAGACGAUUCUUCCACCAAGGGCUUUGCAUGACCCUACCAGCGAGUUUGCUAUCGUUCUAUACGAUCCUACGGUUGAUAUAAUACCUAUUAUUGAAGAGACAAAGGAAAAUGACAAAGAGAAGGAACUAGAAGAAAACAAAGAAAAUAUAGAAGAAAGGCCAGCUAAAAGACAAAGAACCCAUAAGUCAUUAGCAGAAAUAUUGGGCAUUUGUAAAAAUCCUGAAGAUUCGUUGGCUAAAUAUCCCGAUGUUCCUGUUGUUAUUGAUCCAAGAUUAGCAAAGAUUUUAAGACCCCAUCAAAUCGCUGGGGUCAAGUUCUUAUACCGUUGUACUUCUGGUCUAAUUGAUCCGAGAGCAAAAGGCUGUAUAAUGGCAGACGAAAUGGGGUUGGGUAAGACAUUGCAAUGUUUGGCAUUAAUGUGGACUUUAUUGAAACAGAGUCCUCGGGGGAAAAGGACUAUUGAAAAAUGUAUAAUUGUUUGUCCAUCAUCAUUAGUUAGAAACUGGGCAAAUGAAAUAAUAAAGUGGUUGGGUGAAGGUGUUUUAACUCCAUUGGCUGUUGAUGGUAAGUCUACAAAAUCGUCAGACUUAGGACAGGCGUUGCAGCAAUGGUCGGUCGCUACUGGAAGAAAUAUCGUAAGACCAGUAUUGAUUAUUUCAUACGAAACAUUGAGAAGAAAUGUUGAUAAACUAGCAGGUACGGAAGUAGGGCUUAUGUUAGCAGACGAAGGUCAUAGAUUGAAAAAUGGAGAUUCGUUAACAUUUACAGCAUUGAAUUCGUUAAGAUGCGAGAGAAGAGUUAUAUUGUCAGGAACACCAAUUCAGAAUGAUUUAUCUGAAUACUUUUCUUUAUUAAACUUUGCCAAUCCAGGAUACUUGGGAACUAGAAAUGAUUUCCGUAAAAAUUUUGAAAGUGCUAUCUUGAGAGGAAGAGAUGCUGAUGCCACCGACAAAGAGAAAGAGGUAAGUGAUAAAAAAUUAACAGAAUUAUCGCAAAUGGUUUCUAAAUUUAUUAUUAGAAGAACAAAUGAUAUUCUUUCCAAAUACUUGCCCGUUAAAUAUGAGUAUGUUGUAUUUGUUGGAUUAUCGCCGAUGCAAAAGAAGCUAUAUGAAUAUUUCGUGACAUCGCCUGAAAUUAAAAAAUUAUUAAAGGGGGUUGGAUCACAACCUUUAAAGGCCAUUGGUAUGUUGAAAAAGCUAUGCAAUCAUCCUGAUUUAUUGAAUUUACCUGAUGAUUUAGAUGGCUGCGACAGUUUAAUACCCGAAGAUUACGUCCCUGCCAUUGGAAAUGGUAAUAGAUCUAGAGAAAUCCAAACCUGGUUCAGUGGAAAGUUUAUGUUAUUAGAGAGAUUCUUACACAAGAUAAGGACUGAAACCAAUGAUAAAAUUGUAUUAAUCUCAAAUUAUACCCAAACAUUAGACUUGAUUGAAAAAAUGUGCAGAUAUAAGAAGUACGCGAAUGUAAGAUUAGAUGGCACUAUGAACAUUAAUAAGAGACAAAAGUUAGUGGAUAGAUUUAAUGAUCCCGAAGGAUCAGAGUUUAUCUUCCUACUUUCAUCUAAGGCCGGUGGAUGUGGGAUUAAUUUGAUUGGGGCCAACAGAUUGAUCUUGAUCGACCCCGAUUGGAAUCCGGCCUCCGAUCAGCAGGCAUUGGCAAGAGUGUGGAGAGAUGGCCAAAAGAAAGACUGUUUCAUCUACAGAUUCAUUUCUACGGGUACCAUCGAGGAAAAGAUUUUCCAGAGACAAUCAAUGAAGUUAUCAUUGUCGAGUUGCGUAGUGGACGAGAAGGAAGAUGUCGAACGGUUAUUCAGUGCUGAUAAUUUAAAACAAUUAUUUGAAUUUCAACCAAAUACUCCGUGUGACACCCAUGACACAUAUAGCUGUAAAAGGUGUCGUCCUGAUACUGGACAGUUUAUUAAAUCUCCUGCUAUGCUUUAUGGAGAUUCUACUACAUGGAACCAUCUAAACCACGAUGCAUUAAACGAAAAUGAAGAUAUUUUAUUGCGGAAUGAAAGUGAAUUCAACGAUGUGUCAUUUGCCUUCCAAUACGUCUCCCAUUGA